GCUGCCGUGCACUACGUGGUGAAUGAGGACCCUGAGCAUUUGAAGGAGCUGCUCUUUAGCAUUCAGAGUUUCUGGAUGCAUUUCAACGAACGCUUCGACUACCCUGUGCUUAUUUUUCAUGAUGGCCUCAGCCAGCGAACCCGUGAGCGCAUCGUGACCGCCACGCCGACGCAGCGGAUUUGGUUUUUUUCCGUGGGCGAGUGGGUCCCAAGCGAAGCGAAGCACAACCUGCAUAGCAACUUCGGAGCAG